AUGGGUAAGAAAACGCCGGAGCAUAAGCCGGGAUGGGGCUCCGAAUACUACUACACAGUAGAGUCAUUUCACAUCAAUGUCGGUUCUGGAGAUGGCGCCAUACAUAUAAUGACCUAUGGCGAUGAUAACACCACCACCCAACGCCAAGUGGUCAGGGCGGUUUUCAUGGAUGGUGGCAGACUUGAAGGUGCCGAUAACAAAAACAAAAAAGUUGCAAAGGGCUUAAAUCAUCAGAAUCGAUGGACCGUCAACCGGACGAUCGAAUAUAUCGAGAAAAACUACGACUGCCAAAAUAAGCAUGAUAAUAGGCUACGGUUCAAUUAUUUCAUUGUCACGCAUUGGGACUCGGAUCACUACGCUGGUAUCAUCAGGGCGCUGAAUGUUUUCAUGAGAGAAUCGUGGAGUUCGAAUUUUGUAAUCAAUGGUAAAAUAUGUAUGAACAGAGCCUUUUUCAAAACAGACGGAAGCCCCGAGUCAUUCUUUGUGGCACCCUACUUCACGAAGGCGGUAACCAAGGUCCAAGCCAAGGGCAAGGACUGGGAUGGUACGACCCUAGAUAAUCUACGCGGUCGCCUUGAAGGAAGGUUCGAUGACUUGUUGCACGUGGAUUAUACCACACUUUUGGUAGAUAUUGCAAAUCCUGGCUUGUUUGGUGGGUGGGGCAAGCAGCAACUUCAGUUAAGGACCGAGUGUGAGAAUCUUCUCGGUCGAAAUUUCCUUCAAGAUGAAGAUCAGGGCGAUAUCCCUGCGAAUCCGGAUGGUGUCUCCAGCCUGACAGAUCUAAUCAACGAUUUUCCACCACAACUUCACAAGCCAUUUGACGGUCAUGAUUUGGCAAAGGAUGAAAAACCCAAGAAAAUACCAGCAAUGUACUGCAUAGCUGUGAAUCAACGCACAAUGGGCAAAUACCCUUUUGGAAUAUACACAACGCUCACAAAUAAGUCGUCCAUAGUUUGCAUGAUUGUAUGGAAAGAUGGUAUUGCGAAUCAUCGAUCUCAUUACCUUGCUGGGGAUGCGGACUUGAAACUUGAACAGAGGCUCCUUGGUUGGAUAGUUCCCGGUUGGGAUGACCAAAAUGUUACCGUUCCUUCAUGCUCGAGCAUGAAACUCAGCCACCACGGCUCUAGAUCAUCAAACCCAUUGGAUAUGAUGAUGGCAUUGAAUCCGCUUAGCAUUUUUGCGUCAGCAGGCUCGGUGAAGUCUCAUGCACAUCCCCGAUGGGAGCUCCUUGCGUUUAUGGAUAUCUGGGACCUGACUAGAGAUGAAACUGGAAAGAAUGAGGACAAUCCUUAUCAUGAAAAUCUGUUCUUCUUGACUUGCUACCCAAUUUGGUUAACGCUAGAUCACAAUAAAUUCUCCCUUGCAGAAAGAAAUACGAGGGAGUUGACAUCGAAAAGCUUCGAAGAUGAAUAUACAGAAUUGGUCAAUGCAUACGAUGUGCUCAACCCGGGAAAGCCUCUCGACGCUCGGGGUCUUUUAGCGGGCUGGCACAAUCUGAAGAAUAAGAAUAUUACUCAGGCACAGUACAUAUGUGGUAGACUAUGCGCUCGUCUGGAGCAGAUCUCCCAUAUCCGACCCGGCAAUCUUGACCUCAAAGCGGGUGGAGUAGCCUUAGCCCAGGGCAACCCAGUUAUGACUACAAACUCAAGUAAUGUCAUUUUUGUUCAGAUCUCGUCUGUCGGAGAGCGGAGCUUGGAAGGGGUGACCCGUAUACAUAUGACGGGGGUAUCCCCUAACAGCGGUCGUAUACAUCACGCACCAUUGCGCAAAUACCUGGCUGAGAAACCCGAUUGGGCGGUGCAACAGCCCCCAAAGGGUAUAGACGAUAGCGACGACCGCGGGGUAUCAAAAAAUAGACUUAAAAAACUGGCCAGGGAAACGAACACAUUGCGAAAACAUCCCAUGAAAACUAGAAGCCAGAAGAAGGGGGAGGAGGAAGGGAAUGGAAUCUCCAGAAUAUUCUCAGAGGAAGACGAGGUCUGGGACUUGGCCUCUCUUGAGGAUGAAUUUUUGGAGGAUUUUGGCGAUGAGGACGAUUUUGCAUCAAUAUCAAGAUUGAAGCCCAGCCAAUCGCAAAGUCUUCUUCGACUCGAUCAACCACAUUAUUUGGUUCCGGAGACGUUGAGCACGCCCCCCGCGAAUGCUUGCGUCGUUCGAUUACCAGCAGCCCACCCAAUGUUUGAUUUUAUGGAAGAAAUGGCAUGGCGGUUGCUCAUUGUUGACCAAAAACCCGUCUCCGGAAAGGAUAUUCCCAUUUCGGAAGCAGACGAAGUCGCCAAAUGGUUUGCCACGGUCCACGGGAAUAAAGCACUGCCGCUAUCAAUCAGAUUUGAAACCUGGCCACCACCCAACGCCGUCAGCACAUCAGACCGCGAUAUCACUUUGGAUGCAACCACCAUCCCGGUUUUAUCAUUCGAUUUCUUGAUCGGUGAAAACAAGAUCAUGAUGGACACAACUUCAGCUGCGGGUGUUCUGGAUGGGCUCGAUAAGUCCGUACUGCAGGACAUGACGGAUAUCUACGCGAUGCUGAUAUUCGGACUCAAUCCUGCCACUCCUAGCUUCGAGGUGUCUCUCACAGACGUUGCAAAGUUCUUUGGUUAUUCAAUGGACGACUUCUUAUUAUUUAGGAUUUUGGGCCAAAUGACUCUAAAACUUGACAUUGAGUCUACCACCGCGACAGAGAGGAAACGCAAUGCUCUCUGGUUCAGUCCCGGUCAAAAUUGGGAAACUGUGCUUCGACUUCAAUUCCUCGCGGAGACUCCAACCAUCAAUGACCUACUUCGACAACAUUUAAGCGAUUUCAGUAUCUCGAAUGCGAAAGUGAUUGGCAAGACUAUCGCGACUCGAAAAACGGAAAGAUCUGGAGAUGUAGCUGCCUGCGAGAGUCAACUUACAUUCAUGUUAGACUUUGAUAUCGGUGUGAUUAAGUUGGAAGCAUCCUUAGAACUCUCAGAAACUGAGGUCUUGCUGCGGCUUCGCAAUAACCAAUCGCCAAAGAUGGGCCUGCAAGAUAUCCUCUCUUGGUUAGGCAAGAAGCUUGGUGAGAACACCUUGAACCUAAAUGAGCUUCUCCAAUCAGCGAGUGAAAUACUUGAUGCAUCUAAAGUCGUCUUCCGCGGCUUGGAUAUCGUUCUUGCCGUAGGCGAAGAUGGGAAGCUCACUGAGAUAGAUAGAAUCGGUAUAUCAUUUCAAGUACAGGUGAAAAUUGGGGAAUACGACGAAUUCAAGGGUCAAUACCCAGUAGUCUUUCGGUUUGACUUCGAAUGGUCGAGGGCAUUCGGGCCAUCUCUCGAGGGAUCUUUAUGGCUACCUACCCCCGAUUUUAAGUUAGGAAAAUACAUAAAAGCAACCCCAGGCUGGGAACGCCAUAAAGUCUUCGAGCCUCUGACGGAUGACCCUUCAAAGAACGCUGACAGCCUUAACCUCAAAACCCUAGUGUCAUCGGAAACAGUCGACAACAUCCCCAAAGGUAUACCUACAGACAUAACCCAGCUCUCAAUCCGCAUUACCAAGACUGGUAUCCGCUUCCAAGGAAAGAUUCAAUGCGAAAAGCCCCAAGAUGAUGAGCAAAGCAAAGUUCCACAGCUCUACCUGGAUGAAGUCAGGCUGGCAGCUGAAUACAAUUGGGCCAAAGAGACCCGCGGCUUCCAUGUCUCCCUUGGCGUUGAUAUCUAUCUUGACCCGCCAAAUACAAAUUCGAAGGGGGAGAUGUUGCCAGAUCUCGAACCUGCUAGAUUCAGAGGGGACGUGAUUUAUGAUAGCACUGAUAAGUCAUGGGCGCUCAGUGCUCAUCUGGAAGACUUGACUGUCGCACACAUCGCAUCCUUCUGGAGCGAGCGAUCACGAGGUGGAGCCAUGGCGUUCUUGGAACGGAUGGUCAUCAAUUACAUUGAGCUCGACUACUACUAUAACGGCUCCAGUGGCGCAAAAAGCUUCACUUUUAAAGGUUUCCUCUCGGUCGGUUUGCUCAACUUUGAUUUGAAAUAUGAAAAUAGGGGUGAAGGAGACUGGGAAUUUGUAGCCAGUGUGGGCGCGGGCGCAAACACAAACGGUGCCACAAUCAAAGGCAUUCUUACCGACUUCAUUGGAGAACCACCUGAGGAGCUUCCUGAAGCCGUGGGUGAUAUUGAAAUCGGCGCACCCGAGUCAGGGGGCGAACUGAUAAAGUUCCGAUGUUUCGAAAAAGAGGAACACACUGUCUUCAUGUUCACCCUCAAAGUCUCCAAGAUUUCUCUUUCGUUCAUGCAAAUCCGGAAGAUUGUCGCAGGAGAAGAGGGCAAGAAUGUCAAACCCAAGAGGAUUAUCAAAGCUGCAAUCACGGAUAUCCCAACCAUCGAUGUCGGAAUCAUUGGCAAGCUCCCACAGCCCUUCGACCAGCUCUUCUUCCUAUGGACUAGCGAUCCAGGGGCAGAGCUGACUAAGGCCACGGACAACAAGCCCCGCGGAUUACUCAAAUCCGAGCUAGACAUCAUCAACAGCGUCGAGAACCAAGCAGCUACCGAAAAGCUAUUCUUCAAGAAGAUCAAGCCAGAUCCAGAGUAUAAACCAGGCGACGUGGUCAUUAGCUCCGGCUCCCAUAUCUUCAUUGUAAUGAAGAAACCCGGCGGCGAAUCAAACGUCCUGCUCGACUACGCCUUCAAGAAAUCCGGAGCGAAUGAGAAACCCAAGGCUCUUACUUCCGGAAACGACCUGGGCGCCAAUGACGGAGAAGCACCUGCCGGUGACAACAAGGGCUCCAAGGCGCCCCUAAAGAAAUCAAUCGGCCCACUUUCCAUCGAGAACAUCGGCCUCAUUUACAAGAACGGAGAGCUAGGAGUCAUGUUUGACGCCACCUUCUUGAUGGGACCAAUUGGCCUUUCCCUGCUGGGUUUUGGGGUCAAAGUGCCCUUCAACAAGGAGUACAACCUCAAGAAUCCACCGCCCAUCAGCAAAGUGAGCUUCCAGCUAGAAGGGAUGGUUGUGUCCUUUGACAGACCGCCAUUGACUGUCGCAGGAGGCUUCAAGAGGUCUGAGAAGGAUGGAAUCAUAAGCUAUGCUGGUGGUCUCAUCAUCAAAUUCGAUCCCUGGCAACUCCAGGCUGCUGGAGUGUAUGCUUCUGUUCCGAGGAAGUGGAAUAAAACAAAAGCAAUCACGGGUGGAAACGAGGUUGUAUCGGUUAACGACAAUCCUCAAGAUUUGAAUGAUAAAUUCACAAUGGUGUUUAUAUACUUCAAACUUAACGGUCCGUUGUUCAGCGUGGGUUUUGCCGAUAUUUCUGGUCUCACAGGCGGGUUUGGUGUCAACUCAGACAUCACUGUUCCAACCAUCGAGCAAGUCGUCAUGUUCCCAUUCGUUAAGCCCGGUGGAACCGGCGAUCCGAAUGACUCCCCGCUUGCGACCAUCAAUGGACUAUUGAACGGGACCUGGUUCAAUCCAUCUGAAGGCAAAUUCUGGGUAGCAGCUGGCCUCAAAGUCAGCGCAUUCCAGAUGCUCAACGUCGACGCCGUUCUCGUUCUCAAAUUCAACCCAGGCGUACAAAUGGGUAUCUACGGAGUAGCCACUUGUGACGUCCCCUCCUCCAAGUCUCCAGUCAAAUUCGCAUACGUCGAGAUGGGCAUAUCCUGCACGCUAGACGUAGAGGCCGGGACCUUCAAGGUGGAAGCCCAGCUGUCUCCCAAGUCAUUCGUGCUACACCCAAGUUGCCAUUUGACUGGUGGCUUUGCUCUGUUCUCCUGGUUUAAAGACGGCGAGAAUGCAGUCGCCGGAGACUGGGUCAUGACCAUUGGUGGGUACCAUCAAGCCUUUGUUGCGCCGAAGCAAUACCCCAAACCACCCAGACUACGAAUCAGUUGGUCGCUGGAUGACCACUUGAGUGUUAGUGGAGAAGCAUACUUUGCAAUCACCCCCAAAGUCUGCAUGGGCGGCGGUAGAUUACACGCCGCACUCUCGCUUGGCGCGCUCUACGCCUUCUUCGACGCCUACGUGGACUUUUUGAUCAACUUCAAACCAUUCCACUUCCAAGCAGAGGGUGGAGUGUCCGUUGGCGUUCGCUUUACGCUUGAUCUUUGGUUGGUCACCAUCCGCAUCAGCGUGGAGAUUGGAGCCACUUUGAAAUUGCGCGGCCCACCAAUGGGUGGAAUCGUCCAUGUCGACUUUUGGGUAUUCGGAUUCGAUAUCGGAUUUGGUGAAAGCCCUAGACCUGCACCAAAACUAUCAAUCGAAGAGUUCUUCCAAACUGCCCUAAAGGACUCAAAACCCACACAAGGAGCAAUGCUUUCCCUCACAAACGGUCCGGACAAAUACACCUCUUCUGAGGAUGAUGUCGAAGAACAAGCUGCUGUCGAAAAGGCAUUUUUGAUCACCUGCGAAUCCGGUCUUGAACCAGAAGACAAGAAAGAAACCAAAGAAGGGGAUGCAUGGUGGGUUCGUCCGGACGACUUUGGGUUCCAAACUACCUUGAAAUUCGCAGCAAACGAUAUUACGUUCAUCAAGGAUUUCAGGGUUGAUAACAAUAUGUUGCUAUCAAAAGCGACGAGGCAAACUGUUGCUGUUCCGGAGAGGUGCAAGAACAUCUAUGCCCGCCCGAUGGAAGUCACGGAGAGUGUAAAGUCUGCAGUUACGGUUACAGUGUACCAAUACUCCAAGGAUGUGUGCGCGUUGCGUAAUACCGAUCCAGACGACCCCAAAACCGACCCCCAACGCAGCGGCAACAAAUCCUCCGAACUCCUCAGCGGCACCAACGUUUCCAUCCCGCUAGUAAUGGGCCUCAAAAUCAAACCCCCAGCACCAGAAAUGUCCCCCGACUACAUCCAGCAAUUCAACAUUGUAAAAGACAUGAAGCAAUCAGUAUACACCGACAGCACCGUAAUCGGUUUCCCGACAGCACAGGAGGGUUCGAACAGUUGGUUGCCCAGGCGGGGUGCGAAAUUGGAUGCAAAUCAGGUGGUGACUACUUGGGAGAAUUCGAAAUUUGAUCCCGCCACGGUGGUUACGGCGUGGGCGUUGAAGAUGAAGUAUAAGGAGGGCACAACUGUUACCGGUGCUAGACCGAAGGAGUUGUUGAAUCGGUAUAAGCAGAUGGUGCCUGCUAUGCCUCUGGUUGCGGUUGGUAGUUCUAGUUGA